UGAAGACUCUCCUUCGCACUUUCACUAGCUGAGUAACGGGUAUCAGAUAGUCGGGGAACUCGACUAUAACGUUCUCUCUUGUCUUAUACCUGUGUACUUAAUGCAAUGAUGUCCUAAAGCAAUCAUUUUAUUUGGCAUGCAACAUUUCGCACUUUCAUUAGUCAAAGUCAAAGUCGAAUAUUUCUGAGGGGCUUUUCAUCGAGUUUUGCCUUAUUUUAUUAAAGCAGCAGGACAAUAAAGAAAAGUAGACACAUUUGCACAGAGUAACUUUUUUAAACGUUUAUUUUACUUACGAGCUGCGUAGCUUAAUUGUAUAUUUUUCUUUCGAUUAGUGUGCCAAAUGAUAUGUAUCUCUGUUCAGAUUUCCACACACAGAUAUCACAGAUUUUCCACAGUUUUCUGCUGAAUUUCAAUUUGCAACCGGGCCAAAUGCAGUGUGAUUUCGUUAUAUGUAUGUAUACACCGGUGUAUACAGUGGUGCCUGGCUUUAAGGGACGCUAAACAAUGAGUGGAUCGUGCCUUUUCCAGGGCAAGACUGCUUAUCAUAAAUGACAAAUCUCGAAGUGAAUGCGAAUGCUAAACGACCAACAACUAAAUGGGAAAUGACAAUGGCAAUGGCUGGCUGGCGCUCCAAUUUUCCUGCAUUUGGUGUAAAUGUAAAUGUAAACGAUAUAAUCGCCCGUCUCCAUCUUCUUUGGCCAUGGAGUGGGUGGGGUCCUGGGAAAGUGGCCACCCAAAAGGGGUAGCCAAAUGGAAAACAGCUAACCGUAGAAGUCCAAAUGAAAUCUGAAACUUAUUUCAGCAAGGAAGGGCGAUUCCUAAAGUGCAGUGUAUAAAGUUUAUACAAUAAACUAAAGGUCCAUAUAUUUUGUUUACUCUUAUUGAGUUAUAUAGGUUAUAAUUAUAAAAUCUAGAGACCUAGUAAACAUUACUCACCAGAUAGAUUCCACAGAUUGGACUAUUUGCACCAAGCAUUUGCCCAGGAGUCUAAGAUUUGGAUGUGGUAAUGGCUCGUUACCUCUACGCUGACCACAUUUUGGAGGCCUUCAACGUGUUCCAUCGACCACUCCACCUGGACGAGGUGGCCACCUAUGUGGCCGAGAUGGAGGCCAAGACCGUUGACGAGGUGCGCCUGGCGGUGGACAACACGCUCACCGCCGGCUGGAUGCACGGAUUCCUGGCCACGAAGGAGGGCCUCUUCACGCUGGUCUGCGGCUACUGGGAUGAAACCCAGCCGAUUGGUGGCAGGAAGGGGAAACACCACACUGCGCAAGCCAUGCUAAGGAGUUCUUAGUGCAUCUUUUGGAGCUGGAGCUGGAGCUGGAAUCUUGUCGGUCUGCCAUGGGAGGUUGGGAAAAACGAGGGGCAUCCACAAAACUGGGCGCAAAAUUGUUCUGCAAAUAAAGUGUAAUGCCACAAA